AUGCAGAUAUUCGUGAAGACGUUAACUGGAAAGACGAUUACCCUUGAGGUAGAAUCGUCCGAUACCAUUGAGAAUGUGAAGGCUAAAAUUCAAGAUAAGGAGGGUAUUCCACCUGAUCAACAACGACUUAUUUUUGCAGGUAAACAGUUGGAGGAUGGUCGGACGCUCUCUGAUUAUAAUAUCCAGAAGGAAUCGACACUUCACCUCGUCUUGAGAUUGCGAGGUGGUGGCAAGAAAAGGAAGAAGAAGGUUUAUACUACGCCGAAGAAAAACAAGCAUAAGAGAAAGAAGGUCAAGCUUGCCGUCCUGAAAUACUACAAAGUUGAUGAAAAUGGUAAGAUUACCCGUUUACGAAAAGAGUGCGCUUCGCCUUCAUGUGGUGGAGGCGUUUUCAUGGCUAGCCACCAAAAUCGGUACUACUGUGGCAAAUGUCAUCGAACAUUGGUAAUGCAAGACCCGAAGGAAAAAGCUAUUGGAAAAGCUAAAUAA